GUUCUCUCGCUUUUGAAAGUUAUAAUACACAAUUAACCGCUCAUCGCAUCCGUGAUAAUCUCAAGAUGGGGGAAUGCCCUCCUUCUCAUCACUUUCCUCGCGAGAACAUGUCAAUGACGAGAUCACUAGAUGACGCUGACCAACGAUGGGCCUCAAUCCACCAAUGGCAGGCAAACGUCAUUGAGAGAUCAACAGAAAAUCAGUUUCCACUCGCUGCGCACUGUUACGGCCUGAUUAUUCAACUCUACCAGCUAGUGUUGAAGCUUCUAUGUUUUGAAAAGCACCAUGAUAUUAAUCAACGACGCAUCAAACGAGCGUUUGAGACACUGAUACUUUGGGGGCAGCAGUAUGGAGUCUCUAUAGGAGAGUUAGACAAGUUGAUCGAUCAAUCGCGGCGCCUUCGACGAUCAGUUUUGAGAACCCUGACUAGUAUAGGGCGAACAUUAACAGACCGCCUAACGCCCCGUAUCCAACGACCUCUUCCAGAACAACUGCUAAAGGCUAGUUCUCUGUUGCGCAAAGCUAGGGAAAGGGUCGUAUUUAUAUCCACUGACAAUGUGGAAACUGAAGACGUCAGCGAAAGAUCUAGCGAUGAUGAUAGCGACACCUCAUCAGUCUUUGAGGUUGAUUCUCUUUCCGAAAUUGCUGAGGACCUGGCGUCCAAUGUAGAGAAUUUGAUGGACCUCGAUGCACUAUAUGAUGCUGCAAAAGACAAUAGCAACAUCUACGAGAAAGAGCCGGUAGCAAUGCCUGUGGCAGACGUAGCGUCGGGUCCCGUCACGGCCGCUAAAGUCUACACUGAAAUGAUUCGGAUGAGGUUUCCAGAGGCGGACCAUGAGCUCCUUGACUAUCUCGGACGGGCUAACUAUCAUCGAUUCGUUAGAGGCUCACGGCAACGUGAAGAGAACGAACGCCAGGCUGAGACCAAUGCAGAGACGGAGGAACACCAUGCGACUACCGUUAUAGGAAGCAAAUUUCACGACUCGGGCAUAGGGACAUCUGUUUACACAAGCAACUAUGCCGAGACAGUCAUGUCUUUCCAUCACAAAAACGGCAGCGUUGUCAAAAUACCACCGCUUCCCCAGGAAGGAAAGCAAGGUCUACCAUUCUCAUGUAUCGCAUGUGAGAAAAAGGUGAUAAUUAGCUCUAAUAAAGCCUGGAAACGCCAUCUGCUUUCGGACCUUGAACCAUACAAUUGUCUUGAAACUUCAUGUCGAAACACGGUGAGCCCAUUCAGCAGACGUGAAGAUUGGGUCGAACACUUGGCGGUGCAUCAUGGAUAUGGGGAUCAAUGGCAAAGCUUGCGAUGCAGCUUAUGUUUGGAAGAGACAGGACAGGGAGAGGCAAACGUGACUAUUCACUUUGACAAACACUUGCAGGAUAUUGCGCUUGCCGCUCUGCCUACCAAUGCGGAUGAUGAACCGGAUCCAGACUUCGAUGUCAAUUCUAACUCAUCUGAUAGCGACACUAAUGCUAAAGAUCCGUUAUCUGUAACCAAGUCCGAGGCAACAGAUACACCCGACAAAUAUCGGGCCCGAUCUAUGAGUAACUCAAGCAUGGAACGCACAGCUUCCCCUGAUAGACAGCCUUCUAAUGCCGAACACGCGACUCCGCUGAUGUCAAGCUACUGGACUGUUCAAGAAGCCGCAGAGUUUCCUAUUCUUCUAAGUUUCUACGGAAGUGACUGGGCGAGCAUCGCGGCCCACAUGCGGACGAAGUCUGAAGUCAUGGUGAAAAACUACUACCUCCGAAGGAAGGAUGGGAUGCGCUGGGAAGCAAUCGUGCAAGAAGCUGACGCUAAGAAAGCGCGUGGAAAGCAGACAUCUGACCCGAAUAUCGACUCGCACAAUACAAGGGAUUGGCUUGCCCAGAAGGGAAAUGACAAAAGCUAUCUCGAUGAUGGAAACGCCCCAGAAUCAGAAACAUCGAUUAGGCCCGAACCCUCUACCACUGGGAGCAAUAUAGACCGUCGGUUUAAGGACAAGCCAUUCAAAUGCGCUGUCAAUGGUUGCCCUCGAGGAAUACAAGGCUUUACUACAGCGCUUGACCUUGACCGACACAAAAGGAGUUUGCACCCUCACCAUUGGUCAGGCAAACGCUACAUGUGUCAGAUUGGCCCUUGUAAGGAGAAAAUCAAGAUUUGGCCUAGGGGCGACAAUUUCAAGGCUCACCUCAGGCGUGUUCACAACCUAGACGUCGUGUCUGAGGAAGAACUUAAAACCUAUGAGUUGAACACAGGGUAACUAUGGUCUAGGCUAGGGCUACUAGAGUAAAGUGCACAAAAGUUAGAAUUUCUCGGGUGCAAAGAUGGAUUGCAUAUGUCAUUGCCCAAUGUUCUACUAUCUCUGGGGCUCUUCCCAAUUUGUUACGCGUCUCCUUUGUUAUAUAUAUUUCCUGUUGCCCGGAUGGCCGCGUCGUCUAUGUAACCCGUGGCGGAGGUAUUGUUGGAUUAUCAUGUAUACUUGUAUAGCUAAGAACGAGCGAUCAUAGUAGUUAGAGGUUGCUUACUUUGCUAAGUAAAUAGAUAGUAAUAUAUAACUGGUCUCCUAGG